GUUCUAGGAGUCGUUUUCGACAUCCUUGGCCCUAUUGACAAAAUAAUUACCAAUCUAUUUAAUUUUUAAGUUUUUGGAAUCAAUGGGGCUGAAGCCGAAAUACCAAAAAGGGGAAAAACUUCUUUGUUACCAUGGUCAGCUACUAUAUGAAGCAAAAUGUUUAAAAUUUGAAGCUAAAGAUGGUAAAACUAUACAUUAUUUUGUUCAUUAUAAUGGGUGGAAUAAGAGCUGGGACGAGUGGGUGCCCGAAAGUCGUAUUGUAAAGUAUAAUGAAGAAGGUUUAAAUAAACGAGAAGCCCUAUUAAAGAAUCAAGAUAAUAAAAAGAGUGGAUCAUCGAGGAGUAGGAAACCAAAAGAGAAGCCUUCUGAGACCAAAGAAAAGAAAGUUGAGCCCCACGAGGAAGAGAAAGCCGUAACGGAAACGAGUCGGAAGAGACGAACGACGACUGCUAUGCCUGAUGCCUCGAAAGAAGCGAAAAAGAAAAAGAUUGAAGUUAAAAUUAAGAAGAAACCGACGAAGAAGGAGGAGAAAGGAAAAUUUCAUAUCUCAAUACCAGAUAACUUAAAAGCAACACUAGCAGAGGAAUAUAAAAUGAUAGUGGAACAAAGCACGUUAGGUAAACUUCCUGCCGUGAAAUCUAUUGAUGACAUAUUUAGCAUCUAUCUCAACCAUAAGGAGAACAUUACAGACGAAAAAACAUUUGAUAAAUUAAAAGAAGUUACUGAGGGAUUAAAAGAAUACUUCGAGAGUUUACUGCCAACCCAUUUAUUAUAUCAACAGGAACGAAAGCAACAUGAGGAACUAAUCUCUUCCAAUCCCAAUGUAAAGUUGACGCGAUUGUACAGCAUUGCUCACUUUUUGAGAUUAUUCGUAAAAUUUGGAGACUUUUUGCCUUAUGAAUCUUACAACGACGAUAAUGUGAAGAAGCUAAAGACAUACGUUGAAGAUUUACUCGACUACUUAAAUAAAGAGGACAGUUUGACAUGUUUCUGA